GUGGCCCUCCCGUCGAACUGCUUACUUUUCCAGCCGGCUGAUUCAUUCAUUCAUCCAUCCAUUCAUAAAGGAGAGGAGGGAAAGAGGCGCGAGGGCGGCUUCUGGGCAGUCGAGGGGCUUUUAAAGCGGCUGCGCUGCACUCGCGGGCCGGCUCCGUCAGGGCGACCUUUCCCCAGCCUCAUUUUGCGGUUGCUUUGGAACGGGACCCCUCAAGAUGAAGAGGACCCUGGAUUUUUGUUCAAUUGUCAGCCUCCUCACAGCCUUCUUCUGGCAUCAGGCACAAGCAUGUGGAAGUCAGGAGUACUGGAAUGCUGAAGGCCGCUGUCUCCCUUGUGAGGGGUGUCCACCAGGAGAGGAGCCAGACAGAAAAUGUGGCUAUGGGAAAGGACUGGGGCUGAUGUGCAAGGCUUGUUCGGCAGACUCCUUCUCUUCCAGCUAUGGGCUGGAACGCUGUGCAUCGCAUGCCCACUGUGAAACCAAGAGGAGAGUCCGUGCCAGCCCUGGGACAGCAAUGGCAGACACCUUGUGUGGGGACUGCGUGCCUGGAUAUUAUAGUCCUGAAGGUGAGACAGACCCAAGCUCCACCUGCCUGCCUUGUUUCUCUGCCCCCAAAGGCCUGCCAGGAUGCUCAGGAUCGAGGAAGUGGCUGACUCGCCUGGCACGCAAUGCCGAAGCACUGCAGAGGCGGGACGACAAGAUGGCAGGCAACGGUACCCGAGACGGGAAGCCGGAAGAGAAUGCCACACAGUAUGCCGUCCUGGCCAUCGUGCCGGUUUUCUGCGUGAUGGGCCUGCUGGGGAUCCUUUUUUGCAACCUGCUGAUGAAGAAGGGGUACCACUGCACAGCCCAGAAGGACACAGACGAGGAGGGGGGCAAAUCCGAGAGGAAUGGGAAUAGUUCUGCAUCCAGAAUAGAAGAUGCCAAUGAAGACACCAUUGGGGUCCUUGUGCGUCUCAUCACUGAGAAAAAAGAGAAUGCCGCAGUCCUGGAGGAAAUGCUGAAGGAUUAUCACAGCAAACAGCUGAUGCAGCCUAUCUACAAGCCUGUUCACAAGUUGCAUCUCCUGCCUCAGCUGCCCCACCUCUGCUGCCACCAGCACCACCUCCACACUGUCCAGGGUUUAGCCACCCGCUCUGGCCCCACCUGCACUCGAUGUAGCCAGAAGAAGUGGCCGGAGGUGCUGCCCUCCAUGGCAGCAGCCAUUCCCGCCUCCAUCAUCCCUGGCAGCGCCACCACUAAGCUGGCGAAGCCCGGAAGCAAGUCUAGUAGGCCAGGAGAGAUCACCAUCCUCUCCGUGGGCAGGUUCUGCGUGUCUCGUAUCCCUGAGCAAAAGCCCAGUUCCCCAGAAGUGAAAACCGUUUCGGAGGGCCUGGGGGCCAGGCCUGCUGAGCCGCCCUAUGCCUGCCUCGUCCCUGAGCAAAAGCUGCUUGUCAGCAACGGUGUGAAGCCCAAAUGGCUGACAACGGCAGACGGCCAGCAAGAGGGCAGUCCAUUCAUUGUUCGGCUCGGUGAGAGUAACCUGGUUAUUUGAAGGUGAUCAUCUGAUUCCAAGCCACAACAGAAAUGGAACAGUGGCUCAAUUGGAGGCAUCAGGCCGAACAGCCCAUUUAAGGUCUGCAAGCGUUGGGCAUUGUGGAAGGUGAAGGACGGCUCUCGUUUUCCCACCCCCCACUUCUCUGGGGAGAUGGCCAGCGCCCUGGAGCGUCCUGGGGGCAGGUCUCCGUGGUGGGUAACGCCGUCCGUGCCAACUGGAAAGAGGAACUCCAGAGGACACACUUGGCAUUGCAAGGACUCUUUUUGAGAAAGGACCUAAGGGAAGGGGGGGGGAAGGGAAGGGGAAUCCUUUUAGCUGCCAAACUGGAAACCCACUAGCCGCACCGCUUUUGUUUACAUAGCAUGGAAUCGGCUCUGUAGUGCCAAACGGGCUGGGUAGCCUUCUGAACAUGCAAGGGAGAUUCGGGGGAGGGGAGAUAUUUUCCAUAGACAUUGCUAUUCGCCACAGGGCCAAAUUCAACUGCAGGGAAAAUGUAUGCUUAAAUUGGGAGAGGAAGGGAGCCGUUCUAGCUUUCCAGGCUGUGCGGAGUUGGGUGUGCAGGGUCCAGGUGCCUCCCCUCAGUGAAGCACUUUACAAAAGGGGACAUUCCCAGCCCUAUCUAGAGGGGCCGAGGACUGGACGUGGGACUUCCUGCAUGCAGAGAGCUGCAGCCCUCCAGCGAAGGAGUUACACAAAUGGUUAUCAUAAGCAUCCCUGCAAGGUGCCAGCAUUAAUGGUGCGAGUGGCCCAGUUUCCUUCUCCAUCCCUGUGCUAUUUUGCCAAUUUUCUUUUUACCAGUCAUAUUUAACUUCAGCAGCUGAAGCGCAGGAGUGCUCACAUAGCCCUCUUUUAAAAAAUAUUUUAGAUGGCAGCUUUAUUGCUCUCCUGGUACUGACUGAGUGCUCAAAAGGUGCUUGGUUCGUGUGGGAGGAGGCCCUCUGGGUGUGAUCCCCCCUGGGAAGUCCUAUGCAAGCCCCAUUCAAAAUGCAAUCCAGUGCUUGUCUACUGAGCAGUAAGCUCCACUGAGUUCAAUGGGACUUACUCCCAGGUAAGUGUAUAUAUAAGAUUGCAGCCUUGAGCUCUUGUCUGGUCCACAGCCACUUCGGUGGGGCUUACACAGGAGAGCCUUCAUAGUGGAUCGUGUCUACAGCUGUCUUCCCUUCUACCUCUGUGAGCCAGAUUUGUUGUCCUGUGUUUGGGAAGACCAGCACUCUCAUUAAGGAGGUAGGAAAAGGAGGAUUCCGCCAUUCCCCCACAGGAGAGACAGAGAUCUGCAGGUAAGGAUCUGAAAUGGCCUGCUUUCAUCUAACAUCGCCUCUUCAUGCAGCCUGAUUCUUCAGCCUUUUCCAAGGAAGUUCCAAGACUUGGGCUGCAGUCCAAUACAUGUCUACUCAGAAGUAAGCUCCAUUGGUUUCAAUGGAACUUACUCCCAGGUAAGUGUGUAUUGGAUGGCAGCCUUGGUCAACUGCACACCUUUCUAGACUAGGUUCCAUCUUACUGAGUCUUCUGUUUCCAGCCGUAACCAGGCAGAGGCCUCUGGGAAGCUUGCAAGGCAGAGAUGCUAACAGCAUCAGUCUUCCCAGCUUCUGGUAUUUGGAGGUAGAAACCAGCAACCGAAGGUCAUCUUUUCUUUCUUCGGAAAACAGCAAGCCUGUUGCACUGGGCCAUGGAGCCUGGAACCUGCGGCCUUCCAGAUGUUGUUCCACAGCAGCUCCCACCGAGCCUGAUCAUUGCCUGUUCUUGCUGGGGCUGAUGGGAGCUGGGGUCCAUUACGACACUUGGAGAGCCAUAGUUUCCCCACCACUCCAUUAAAUGUGUGUGUGUGUGUGUGUGUGCGCGCGUGUCCGCCCAUAUGCACCAGUAAGCAAACUAGCUACAUUAAAUAAAGAUUCUACACCGAGGAACCUGUGACCUGGAUAAAAAUGCAACUCAAUCCAAUUUGCAUGACAUCUCUUAUUUUGCUUAAUUUUUCUGCUUGGGCCAGGUACCAGGCCAGUGGGGGCAGCCUUUCUGGCUUCUGAGAUUUUAGUGGGCAUUCCCCAUGCUCUAGUGAUCGUUUCUUGACAACAAUAAGGACUAGACGCUUGCUCUUUGAAAAGAAAAGGAAAAGAAACGCAAGAUCUUCAAAAACUGAAUUCUGUGCCCAGUACCACAUUCUGUAUUUUUCCUUGCAUUGUUAUUAUUUAUUUAGAAUAUUUGUGUCCCACCUUUUAAUUAAAACAAGCCUUACAUGGUAGCUUCUAAUUUAAAAAAGACAAUAUAAAUAUCACAAGAGACAAUACAAGAUCAACAAAGGCAUAAAAUUGUAGUGCGCACACACACACCACACACACUCACUCACUCAAUGUAUGCAAGUUAAAACAUGUAACAAGCUUGGCCAUGUUGCCAGACCUCAGUGUGUGGAGCAGGUAGCACCCUAGAGACACGUUCUCUUUGAGUUCACAGACGGUAGGAUAGGAAUAGGCUAUAUCUAGGUUUUCCAGUGCUAAUAGUACAAGUCCCGAGGAAUUGGGGGGUCACAGUUUGAACUUCUGGUAAUAGAGGAUGGCUGGCACCAUAUUUGAGCCCCGGAAACUUUUAGAAAUCAAAUGCAUAGGGCCUUGGUCAUGGAAACGGCAUUUGCUAAAUAUGCCACUGUCUCUGAACACCUUGCACAUAAUUUCUUGGAGUGUAGGGCAAGGGGGUGGGCGGGCAAUCCAAGUGUGGGAGCUUCCCAAUUCCAGCUGUUUCCAUCCAGCUGUUUACAAAGAGGAAGCGUCUGCCAUUACUGUUCUUGCAACCCAGCUCGUCAGCCAACAUAGCUUUUUCUAUCAUCUGUCAUUAUUAUUAUUAAUAUUUUUUUCUACAUCAAUUGUUAUGUUAUUUAUGUGGGCAAAGUGGGGGGAGGGGCUUCCAUCCUCAAAGCAGCCAGCUCCCCCCCCCCUUCCAGGCUCUGCCCCUUGUCUUAUUUAUUUUAUGGAUAGUUUGUGGUGUUGGGAAAAGAGGUUUGGGCGGGGGGGGGUCUUUUCUGUU